AUGUUGAGGUUUAAAGCAGCGUCAAUUGUAACUUUCCUCCUGCCACUUUUGCAACAUCCACAUAUCACGCCUUCGGCUCUUUUUCCCGCCACUUUACCACCACCAGCUUUUUUUCUCUAUCCUGAAUUAGAUGUAUCAAUUACUGUUGUCAACUUGUUGAGAGGGAAGGUCUCGACGCCAAGGAUCUUGGGAACAGCCACAACAACAUGAUGGUAUGAUCAUACUCUAUCUAUUCUUCAACGAUACCGACAGGCUACAUUAAAUUGACGGCGAUAUUACCUAUUUAUUAACCUGUCUCUGCAAGGAUGGGGAUGCCAUCCGGUUUCCCCAUUAGUAAUGUAACACAGCGUGCACCCAAAUGGGCAAUUCAAUGUCCUUGAUCUUGUCAUCUUCCAAGACUCAAGAGCAAGGUUUCAUGGUCAACAACAAGGUUGGUGAAUUACAACUGAAGCCGGAACAAUGGCCGAAUUAAACGGUCAUCGGUGUCAUUCAAAAACGAGUGGUCUUUGCGAUAAUGAAGAUGCUGCCCCGUUCCAUCCUUACUAGUAUACAUAUGCU